CUCUCUCUCUCUCUCUCUCUCUCUCUCUCUCUCUCUCUCUCUCUCUCUCUCUUCAUUCUCUCUUACUCACUCAUUCACUCACUUACUGCCUUUACAUUCAAGUUACAGAACUAUUCCACGCAAAAUCACUCAUUCAAGGCGGUUUUCUAAUUAUUUCGAGCGGCGCAUAUUUCUCAUACUAGACAGUCAAUCUGAAAGGAAAAAACAGAAAACGAUAAAAAACAACAACAAUCACUCUUUUGUAUAUGAAGUUAAUAUAGAGUGUUUUCUUUGAACAAGCUACGUAUUUAGAAUAUCUUUCAUUAAGAUAUUCGCGUUAUUUGCGCCGAGUUACUUGUGACGUCACAAGACAUAAGAUAUGUAAACAAAAUACAUCGCGGGCACUCGUUACCUCGCCAGGCGCCGAUAUAAAUAUAUCGUAAGUCAGUAUAACGCUGUACGUGAUCCCAACAGCACGUACCAUAUUACAGUCGUGUACACUGACUGUUGACGGUUUCGUUUACGAAAGUAAUUUCAGAGAAAGUGAAAGAAAGAUAGAACACGGUAGUAGAGCUCAUUCGAACGAUUCUUCCUUCUCAGCCGUUACAAGUGCCCUGUGAUGUGACGCGAUGCCGAGGAAGGGAAAGAUAACGCGAGUGUACCUAGACAGGAUACUGCAAGUGCUUCACGAAGAGCAGCUGAUCCAGCGGAGAAAGAUCCUGAGAUUGGCGAGGCUGAAGGCUGAUCUACAGUACCUGAGAAGAAGGGGCCUGUUCAAGGCGUCCGGCGAACUAUCGCACCAAGGACGCAAGUGCGCGCGAUGCGGCGCGCCGUUCGGUAGAUUUUACAACGUCGGCACAGUGUGCACGCGCUGCAGGCAUCGGAUAUGCCGGCAGUGUCGCGUCGAGAUCAGGAGCCACACCGGCGACAAAGAGGAGAUCGAGUGGAUCUGCAACGUUUGCUACAAGAUCGCAGAAUUACACGCACUCACUGGCAAGUGGAUGUACGGAGGCCCGGUCACCGAGGAAUCCUUGAGCGAGAAAACGUCGUCGUCCACUGUAAACUCGCUGAACCACAGCAUCCGACGUGCUUGGACGAUUAAUGGUCCACCAACGCGUUGGUCAGCCACAAGAAAAUCCCCGGAGCUGCGGAUAUAUCGCAGUCUGCCGUCCCGUCAUCAGGACUAUCCCGAGCCGUUGGAAGGCUCAAAGAACGAUAACGCGUCGUUGAAGUCCGAAUACUCGCGAGACGGCAAUUCAGACAGUAAGGAUACUCGCGUCGAGAAUAACAGGAAGGAUUCAAAGGACGCGUGUGAGGCGAUCGAGAAAAGCGCGUCGAUCAACGAACGAACGAGAAAAGAAAGAACCGCCGGUAGAUUGGAGGAGGAAGUGCCAUCACCGGAUGCCAUAAGGUUCAAGAGAACCGAACGAUCGACCAAGAGCAAGGCAGACCAAGAACAGGAGGAUCCUACGCAGGAACUAAGUACACCGAGAAUCUCGCUGAUAAAACCGCCCAGGAUCCUCACGAAGUUCAUAUCCCCCGAAACGAAACCGAGUCCGACGAAAUAUGGCGACAGGAAAUCGAACAUUCCCAUCUUCAGGAGGAGCUCCAAGGAGUUUGAGGAUAUCCGUAGCCCGCAGGAGUCGCCUAAGCGAUCGCUUAUCCCCCAGAGGUACAGAGGAAGUACCGACGACCUGCGUCGCAGUCGUGAAGACAUAAGCCUGCCAAGUUUGAUCCCGAAACUUCUGUCGUCGCGUAGUAAAGAGGAGCGACUGAAGCGGCAAGACAGCAAGGACGACAUCCGCCAUUCGUCAAAGUCCGCGAGAAAGGAUUCCAAGGAGGAGACCAAGACCUCGUCGCUCAUUGCCUCGUCGUCCGCCAACAAGGACGACGGCAGUGGUGGCAAGGCUUCGGGAAUACGGAUCUUUCGUCGAGACAACAGUCGUGAGGACGUGGGCAGAGAAAGCGCGAAUUCAAUCGGCUCCACGAAAGGAAAGCAGCAGGACAAGACGCAGGAGAGAACGGAGGAUCGAGGCGUGGGCGGCGCGACGAGAUUGCGAGCCGCUGGCGAACAGAACAAGACCAGGUGCGAAGACGGCAAGGACGCCAUCGAUAUUAACGAGGAAUUGUCACUGAAGCGCGAGGAGUCGACCAACAUCGAGCAGGACGAAGCGAAACGAGACAAGAAGGAGAUCACAGCACAAGCUGAUAUCGAGAUUCUCCAGGACACGGGAAUGAUCGACGUGAUCGUCGCGGAAGACAGGACACAGGACGAGCGGCGGGAGCAGGACACGAUGGUCGUAGGCGAGGUGAUAGACGAGAAGCAUUUGCUAGCGCGAGAACCGGUCGAGUCCGCGGAGAACGAUAAGCAGGACGACGACGAGACCAGAGACACUGCCGAGCGUCUCUUGGAUGGCAGCGACGGUGACGUCACUGGUAUCGCCGGCGAACGGAGGAGCCUACUGGAAAUUGGCUAUGGGAAGAGGCUGGACGAGUUCCAAGUGGUACGGCGAAAGUUCUCCAAAGAGGAAUUCUCGAAUCCGGACGACACCGACGAGACUCCGAAUAAGCGUUGCUCAAGCCAUUUGUCGCCGGAAGCUAGUCCACUGAGCACACGAUCAUCAAGAUACAGUCCCCGGGAGAGCGAGAGCGAGCCCACUCCAGCUCUGCCACGUAAAACCGGCGGAGACUCCUGUUCUGCAUCCCAAAGGAUACGCGACGCUAUCACGAGGACCAGAAGGGAGUCCAACAGCAGCACCAGAUACGAGAGCAGCGGCAGCGAAAGCGUCAGAUUGAGCGAGACCGGAUUACACGGAUAUGCGGAGCUGGCCAGGAAGGUGAAGUUCUUCGGAGGGAGCGGAAGUGCAGUUUCGUCGACGAUCGGCGGCGACGAGGUAGUACAGCGCGACAGUGCUACCAGUGCAGGUGAGGACGAAGCCAACGAAGAUGGCCACGACAGAGCAGCACCGGUUCCCUCUCAAGGAAGGACGAUGCUGCGGCGAAGGAGGCAGUUCGAUGCUCAAGGUUCACGGCGGCGCGGCAGAUCGCACGCGAGGUCCUGUUGCGGAACGGAGGACUUGCAGAGUCUGCAGACGUUGCACCUGAUCGGACGCGGUCGACAGCGUAGUCCCAAUCCGUCUGGCGGCUGCCAGGGCCAAGAACAGCCACCGACGGUGGACUACAGGCGGCUGGUGUUCAUCAGUUCGGAUUCGUCGUCCGGCCGUGAGGAGGACGACGCCGACAGCAGUUGCUCGAGCUCGUCCUACCUGAACGGACUGCCUCGCAACGGCGGCCACGCACAGUCGCUCGAGGACUGCGACUGGGACUACUUCGAGAGCGGCAGCCUGCCGCUGCCCGCAAUUGCCAUCGGCGUCGGUAACCACGUCGGCGCGGAUCACGGCGUCGCUCAAGACUGGAGCUGCUGUCCGGGACGCGGCUCGGCCGCUUGUCAGGCUUGCGGCGGUUCCCGUAGCGCGAACGUACUCCCGGUGCCGGUGCCUAUACCGGUCCCGGUUCCGUAUCCGGUGCCGGUACCGGCAGCUCUGUGGACCGGCGACUUCGCAGCGGCCGCCUCAUCCAUGAUAAGCCGCGACGGCCAUGCCGAGCCGGGAACUCUGAGGCUGCGAGGCGAUCCGGCGGCACCCUGGUUCGCCUGGCAUCCUCGCUUCAAUCAACCUCUUCACGGCGCCCGUCUGGAUCCCCGGCUGACUGGCGCCUUCGAUCCGACCACCUGCACCUUCCGACCGGAUCAGGUGAUGACACCGAGACUUUACGGACCGAUAACGGAGAACACAACGGUGCCGUCGGCAAACUACGAGUCGUCUCAGCAACAACGUUCGGCGUCCAGCAACGUGCAGAAUAACAGCCAAGACGUGAGAGACGACGCCAAGGUCGUGUCGAAAGCGGAAGAGCCGCUACAGAAGGAGAGCUCGUCGAUGAAGGACACCAGCGAGCCUAUCAUUUGCGCCACCGCGAAGAGUAAAGCAAGACCGGACGAGACAAAGGAUAUUGCAGCCGAAUGUAAGAAAGGUGAUGAGGAGGAAGUAGAAGAGAACGAGGUGGAAGCUGCCAGCGGGGACUCGCUAUCUUCAUCCUUUGAUAGAAGCGCGCAGAGGAUGUACCAGCACUCGCGAGAAGACUCAGGUAGUUCGUCUGGUCGCUCGUCGGCGGACAGCAGCGAUCUGGAGGAAGAUUCCAGCUCGCACCGCUUCUCCAGAGUGUUCGUGGUCAACGAUGACUCACUCACCAGCGACAACGACAUCGAGGACAACGAGGAGAACGACUCGGACUCCGCGGCGGAGGGCGGUGUGACCCUGAAGCGCGUCACCGCGAUUUCCGAAGAAGAGCCGGUGGUGCUGCAACAUGUGAGACUGCUGAAUGAGGAUGCUUUUGUGGAGAACGAGCGGAAGGAGCAUAGUAGAGCCAACCUGGAAACGCCAAAAAGUUGCUUCAAGAUCGACGACGAAGCCGAAGACGACGUUAAGCCGUUGAACAAUCACGUCAGCAAUUCAAGCGACAAACGAAGAAACCGCAGCAGAAGAGAUGGAGUCGAUAACAGCGACAAGAGACUCCCCCUUCUGCUGCAGCAUCGAUCUAUUCCUGAGGAGAUGUAUUUAGCGGACGAUAAUGAUUGCUCCGGCAAUCGGAUCGAACUGAGAUCCAUCCGGACACUCGAUCCCGACAGCAUCGAUCCACCUGUAACAUCGAUUAUGAAGACUAACCAGAUCCCCGUCUCAAAGAUAUCGACUUAUUUCGAAGAGAAAACUGCAGAUUCUACGUUGAAGAACGAUCGCUCGAAGACACUUGAGCUUCUUCAAGACGAUUUGGUAGAGCCCAAGUCACCCUCGAGCGACGCUUGGGACUCCACCAUCGUCCCGGAUUCCCUUGAGAUCUCCGGCGAGCCGGCGCCCGAGGACAACGACGCCGUCAACGAGCAGAGCAAACUUCGCAUCUCUUCGACGCCGUGCGCCGUCUCUGACCACGAACAGCGGCUGGCGCGAUCGCGCACAGCGAAUGGAAACAACAGCGAUCACGAGAAGCGGGGAGAUAAGCCGUGUUUAUCGGCGACGGAUUGCGACGUUAUCGUGGACGCUUCCAUCGACAGUUACAUCGGCAACGAGAGCAACACCACGGGUAGCGAGGUGAGCAGUGACGAACUACACGAAUACGAGCUGGCCACGGUGGCCGAGUCGUCACUCGACUUCGGCUACGAGGUCGCCGCGAUCAACGGCGAGCUGUUGCACCGAAUCAACCGAGAGAAGGUGGAGAACGCUACAGGAGACGUUACUCGGCCGAAUGGUUACCAUCUCCACAGGUCUAAUCGAGAUGACAAAGAGAGUUCGGCGAACACGAGGACGAUGACGAAGAACGACGUCAAGCGGAGCGUGCAGUCCGAGAGGACGGUCAGCGGGUGGUCCGUGAACAAGAGUUCGAUCGACGUCGCGGACACAAUGAGGACGACAACGACGGCGCCGAUGAUCAGCGAGAAGGACGACGAUGACGAGGACAGCGAUCGCUCAGUCACGCGUCGUCGCGCCGGAAGAACGGAGGAGCAAAAUGGCGCGGAAGACAACGACCCUACGACGAUGACGACGACGACGACGACGACGACGACGACAACGACGGCGGUGGCGACGGGAGAGCUGGUAGGAGUCGUCGACGUGGGCGACGCGGUAUCUAGCAAGAGUCAGGAAACGUCGAGGAGCGCGGAGGGCGCCGGCAAGGUGGACAGUGCGCAUGACGGCGGCCCGGUGAGAGGCGAGAUCGCGACCGCCGCUGCUGGUGGUCAGGUGGGAGGAAGUGGCAGUGAUGGUAACAACGGUGAUGGUGGUGGUGGAGGUGGUAGUAAUGGUGAGAGUCUCGCGGAGGGGGGAGCGACACGGUUUCACUCAGUCGAGCGACGCCCGUGCACUCGUAAGGAGAAUGGAUUCCCAGCUGACGCCUCGGCCAAGGAUCUUGCCAGAGACACCCAGUACUUUCCCUCGGCGGCGUACAACAACAACAACAACAACAACAGCAGCAGCAGCAACAGCAACAAAUAUAGGAGCCUCGUGAUGAUCACCCAGGAGGCCUCGUAUCAGCCAGUGAACGUCGUCACCUCGGAUACUACUACGCUGUUGCAGCCAGAUGAAAUCCAUUCGGCUGGACAAGGCCUGGCUGGCUACUUUCAGCUGGCGCUGGAGGCUGCAGGCGAGCAGCCAUCGCGCAAGAACGGCCAAGCUCCUCGUAGACCGUUGAUGGUGAAGAGACUACCCGCUGUGACGGCCACAGUAAGCCAUCAGUCUGAACCUGAAGCGGACAGUGGUUUAAGUGUGGGUAGUGCCAGUGAAAGCGACGACGUGUCUGUGAAGAACAACGCGAACAACUCAUCGAGGCUUAAUUGCCGCGCGGAAGGCGCAGAGGACACGUCGAAGGAACGCGUGGUGGAUAAUCGUGAUGGCGCGCGUCCACGUGUCUCGUCACAGUCCAGCGACGACAAUUCGGCCAGCGGUGGAGUCAUUAUACUUGAAGAGGGUCUUGCGGAUGACGAUUCUUGGGUCGAGGAAGUGUCGCACGAUGAAGACGAGCCGGGUGCGACCACUGCUACGGAAGAGAGCUCUGAGGAUGAGGCAAACAAUUUCGGCGAUCGUGAGGAAGAGCUACGUGGCUACCGUAGACAAGCAAUUGAUUUCACUCUGCACACCAUCGUCGAGGAGUCCUGCGAAGAAAGUGAGACGGAACCCGGGAGUCUGGCUACGGGAAGUCCUUCAAAGAAGCCACGACCACCCUCUGCUUCCGAGCUGGAGAAGUACUUCUUCUUCGGGUUGGGUGGCGACGGUAAUAACUCCAGCAUGGGUUCGCGCGAGGUCGAUAGCUUGUCGGAGACGUCCUCAAUAUAUUCAGAAGGACUGGAGUCACUUGGACAGGAUGAGGCAAACGGCACUGGUCAGAAUCAGGACAGAGCAAACUCCAGCGACAGUUUCCUGAAUUCUUCUAGGCUAGAGAAAUAUUAUCUUUCGGAAUUUCUCGGCUUUGAUCAAGACAGGAGAGACUCGGACGGCUCAGUGGGCAGUGACUCUGAGGGUAGACCUAGCCCAGAGGCACAGAGGAGGAAGAAACUGGUCCGUGCUCGAGGUACCGGCAGAUCUCACAGUUCCUCGUUGGACAACUUGCUAGCUCUCACGCAGAGCUCGCAGAAUCUGAGUUCACAAAACUCGUUGCAAGACUUGAGUCUCAAUCAGGACGCGCAAGAGACUCAGUCCGAGGGCUCAUCCACGGAGACUGAUGGUACUGAGGAUGGUCAAACCGCCGUUUUCGGUACGGACGGCCAGUUCGACACGGUAAAACGUAAAAAGAAGAAACCACGGAAUCUGGGCACUCAAAGUCCACGUGUUCCUGACGACCGCAACAAGACACCAGAACCCAAUCGGGAAAUGACACUGAUGAGCGAGGUCGUGGUGGAGAACGAGAACGAAACUAUAAACUCGGAAGAUUCAGAUAGGGCGAAGACUCCUCAACCAGAAUCGGUGUUGUCCUCGUCGUCAUCGCCGUCUACUUUAACCAACACUCCGAACGCCUCAUCAUCUCAGAUGGACACCUCGAGGAACGUUCAGGUGACUCCGGGUGACGCAAUAAGCUACAGCCAACGCUCGAAGCAACAGUCGAGAGACUCCGGUUUUGUUGGCAGCUGCGACGAUCUCCUCCAGCAUCAGAAACUCCCAGACGAAAGCAACCAAGCGAAUAGUCCAGAGAUCGACCACGAAUCGAGUGGUGCUGAGCGCACGUCAAACAAGACCAACGACCAUCUUUCGGGCGCGAAUCAAAGCAUCGCCGAGGAGAUCGCCAUCACGGACAAGAGCAACCUUGCGAAGCACCCGGUGAAUCACACCGCGAGCCUGCCGCACUUGGCGAAUGUCUCGCUCUCGCGCAAGGACAGUUUCAACAACUGGUCUAGCGACGAAGAGACGAAUCUUAUGAUGUCGAAGAUGCGACAGUUCUUCAAGACGAUGGUGGCCAAUUCGAACGGUCAAAACGCGAACGCGAACGCGACGAAUUCCAGCGGCGCCUCUCCGGCACCGAGUCCACGACUCGCCAGUUACACGUCGAAGGCACGACUCUGCACACAGAACCGCACGAAACCACCGCAACUGGUGUACUUUGAGAACGAGCUGACGCGACUGAUGAAGACAGUACCGGGUAUACGCGACGAACAGGUGCGCGAGAUCGUGGAGUAUCUGAGCUCAGAGGACACGUGGUCGGAUUCCUACGACAGCUCCGACUACACCAGCUCGGACUUGGAAGGCGCCGCCGCUGGUGGCCGGCGUUCAGCUUUGCAAGAGCAAAUCUCGCAGAGUUGCCAGCAGAUCAUCAGCAAAUUUGACACCACGUCUGGCGACGGCGCUAACACUCUCUUGGACAAAGAGAGGGACCAAAUGAGAGGCGUGCCGGGCAAUUCCGUAAUGUCGCAACCACCUUGCCUCGGCAGAGACACCGCUUUCGUUUAUCAAAAGCUAGUGCAGAGUUUCACGAAGAUGGCGGGCGACGGUGUGAGCUCGGACGCCAAUUCCACGCCGCACAGUAGCCCACCAUUGAUCGCCAAGGUGAUGCAUCAUAUCGGUAGCCGACUGGUGGCAUUGAUGCACGAGGUUUCCGAAGGUGGACCAGCGGUGCAACAUCACUCCAACACCUCAUGGCGGCGGUAUUCCCAACAUCACCGCACCCCAUCCUCAGCGUCCACCACUGAGGACGAUGACUCCACGUCAGAUUCCACUAACGCACCCUCGUCGACUCACCUGCAAUUGCCCAGAUCCAAGUCGCACGACCCGUUAUUGCUGAUUAACAGCCACCCGGCGGCCUCGACCGGUCAGGAAGGCGAGGAGCGCGAGGCGAGCGACUACGAGAGGUUUUCUUGGCGCGGCAGCUUCGAGUCCGCGUUGAUGGCGGCCGACUCCAGGACGAAGCUGAGUCUAUUGGCCUGCUCUGGUGACGUCAGUGGCAGUGCUAGUGCGAGUGCCAGUGCCUUGGCGAUGGCGGCGAAGCGACGCAGCGCCGGUGACCUUUUAUUCAAUCCCAAGAGUUUCUCCAGAGAGCAACUAGACAGAGUGAGGAGCUGCGGUUCCAUCGGCGGCGGUAGCGGCGGCGGUGGCGGUGGCGGGACCGCCGGUGGCAACGGUGGCUGCAGCAGCGGCUCCAUCGAGGAGAGGAUUUGGAGCAACCGGAGGAGAUCUUCCGUUCCUGACGCCAACACCAGGGGAGAGUCAGGUGCAUCCGCCGGCGACGAGGACACCGAGGACGAGCUGGAGUACGGUGGCGAGUCACGUGCAACGACUCUUCCACGUGGCAUGCAAUCCGCGAUCUCCGCGGCGACCAAUUCGCUGCCACGUCUGCCGGCGUCGGGCGUGCCUGCCGGCCUCACCGCGACGUCAGCGUCGACGUCGGCCACGUCGUCGUCGUCCUCGCCGAUGCACAAGGCGCACAGUGUCUACCACUUCCUGCCGCAACACAGCGGCGUCAAGUCCGCCCGUUAUCGACCACCUGGCUUCGCCAGGAACAGCAAUGUACCCGGCGCGAUCGGCGGGCCGAAACGCGCCGUCAGCGCGCCGGGUCUUCAAGUCUCCGGGUCGCAGUCGGCUGCUGGAAAGCGGGACAACUCCAGAUCGCGGAGGCAACAAACGAUGUCGCUCACUUCCGACGACGGAGGCAGUUUAUCGGAGGCAUGCAGCACGCCGAUUAUCGGAGCAGGAUCACGAGCAGGCUCUAGUCAUACAGUCAUGGACAUGGACGAUAUGGACCCAGGAUUACAUUCCGGUCACCUUGCAACUCGCGCCUCUUUGUCGAGCCUCGGGGCACGUUCGGACUCGAUGGCGUCGGUAUACAGCGGCGCGGGUGAGGGACGUUGCUGCCGAUCCGUGGUCGUCACCGGUGAGGUGGAGUUCGCUCUGCAAUACGACUACAAACACCUGACCUUCGAGGUACACGUGACGAAGUGCAAAAACCUCGCACCAGUAGACGUGAAACGCAAACGAUCGGAUCCAUACGUCAAAGUGUACCUGUUACCGGACAAGUCGAAGAGUGGCAAGAGGAAGACGAAGGUGAAGAAGCACACGUUAAAUCCGGAAUUCAACGAGACCCUGAAGUUCCAUAUGAGCCUGAGCGGCCUGGAAACCAGAACACUGUGGCUGACAGUCUGGCAUUCGGACAUGUUCGGUCGCAACGACUUCCUGGGCGAGGUGCGGAUGCCGCUGGAGAACAAGAUAUUCGACGAUCCGACGCCGCAUUGGUAUCCCCUUCAGGAGAGGACGGAACCGUUUGACGAUCCAGUCGCUUACAAAGGAGAGGUGAUAGUCGGUCUGAAAUUCGUGCCACCGGAUCCGACGCAGCAAGAUCGCGAUCGGGAAAACGGCACCGAACACCGCAGCAGUUCCAAAGCGAAGAAGAACUGGAGCCGCGGCGCGCUCCACGUGCUCGUCAAAGAGGCCAGGAACCUGCAAACGCGCGCCAAGAACUCUGGCACUUGCGAUCCUUUCUGCAAAAGCUAUUUGCUGCCUGACAAAGGUCGAUCCGGCAAACAGAAGACCGGUGUGGUGCGUAGAUCAGGCGGCUCGCCAGUUUGGGGGCACACGUUCAUAUAUAAAGAUGUCAGUUUGCAAGAGUUGGCAGAGCGCGGAUUAGAACUGACAGUUUGGGAUCACGACAGGAUCGCCAGCAACGAAUUCUUGGGUGGUGUUCGGUUUAAUCUCGGCACCGGGAAGCACUACGGAAAACCGGUGGACUGGAUGGACGCGACUGGCCGUGAACUAUCUCUAUGGCAGAACAUGCUCGAAAGGCCGAACUUCUGGGUAGAAGGCGCGGUGACACUGAGGCCGAACUUGCACAAUCACGGCAAGAAUAACGGCUCUUAAGAACACGCGACGCGCUCGAUGCGUUCGGGAGAACGGCGCGCUCUUCACAGUCCUCUCGUUUCCUCCGUCUCUCUUUCUCGGAGACUUGCAGGAGACUCGUUUCAAAGACGACGAUUUAGUCCAAGUAUCGUCGCAAUGUACAUAGUGGUAAAUGCGCCGCGUACGUCCCCGACGGACUCGCGAAACGAAAAUCAGUGCCUUCGGGAGCGACGCGGACUCAUCCGAUCCUCCUUAAAACCGGCACGACCAAGAAUUCCGUUCCGGCGAACUUUCGCUCCGCGGACGUCGACGGAAGCGGUCCUCAGCCCGACGGAUCGGUUGGAUGUACGUCAUUUUGUUGUCUCCCAAUGCUUUUGCACUCUAUAUAACACUCGUAUGCGCCAAUGACUCUUCUUUGCGCAUUCUCGCUUUUACGUUGCGUCCCAUGCAAAUUCGCAGUUUGAAUUAUGAAUUGUGGUUUUUGAUUUCUACGUAAAAGCUUUCCCCACAAAUACGUGAUGCACGAUGCUCUCGCUUCUAUUGAUUUCUUUUCUUACUUUAUCGUUGCAUCGCGAUUAUUUCAAAAGAUAAUAUAUAAAACGUACCAAAAAAUAAUAUAAAACACACGUUGAUCGAUAUUUCGAUAGAAAUUAAAAGUUGGUGAUUUUACGCGAUUUUUUCUUUCCCGUUCAGCAAUGAUGAAAGUUUAUAAUUUUGUAGAUAGAACGUCGUAUAAUAUAUUCGCAGAAACGAAUAGAGUCGAAUUUACGUCAGUCGCACGUAAAUUUGCACAAGAAUUAUUAUUAUAAUUUUAGUAGAUAGACUUGUAUCAAGAGGCAGAUUCACAAAUGAAUUGUAAUAUUUUUUGUUUAGUUAUUAUAUUUUCGCCCAUGUAUGGAGAAACGGGCUGAUAUCCUAUUUUCCGCUUGUUCGCUCCUCGCACUCGCACUUUCUCUCGCACUAAGCCAGAAUUCGUGACAAUGACAUUAAUACAUAAUCUCGACGUGCCAAACGCAAAGAGGACAGAGUUGUAGCGCGUGCAAUUGAAUGACACGUGUCUAUUGACAUUUUCCAAGAUAAAGCUACAUGAUCAAGUGCACACUAGGAGAAAUUACUUGAUAAAAAAUUAACAAACGGAUAUUUCCGAUUAAAUUUCGAUCAAUUUUUACAUCCGAUCAGAAUAGCCGAUUAAAUUUUAUCGGAUACUUCCCAUCAUAAUGACGUUUUAUCAGAUAAACCCAUCAAAAAAUUAUAAAUUGAUACUUCUCACCGGAUAUUUCCUGAUCGAAUACAAAAAUUCAUCGGUAUUUUGAUCGGAAAUAUCCGUUUGUUAAUUCUUUAUCGGAUAAUUUUUCUCUGUGCAGUUCACAUUCACUUGGGAUGUAUUUCAUUUGGGAAUGACCAUCUCUUCUUUUAUCUUCAUAACCAACGGAUCAAUUGAUCAUACUUCAUCUCCAAGUCAUUUUCGAAGCAUGUCCUCUUUCUGCUGCUUCUUGUUCUUUCGUCGCACACGCCUCUGUUUAUUUUCCCCAAUCGCCGUGGCGCGACAAGUUCCACGUGUACAUGCGAGCAGUGCACGCCGCGGAAAUACGUGCAAUAUCGCGAAAUGUCGACGACGACAUUUCCCGAGAAGAUGCUAUUAGGUACUCAUUAGUAAGCCCGAGACGAGAUAACAGUCAAAGCAGAAGUGCAUCCGUCCAAACAGCCGGCGAGAUGAUGAUGAUGAUGAUAACGAAACAAGCUAGAAACGAAGAAUCCUCGUAGCGUGGCUCUCACCAAAUUCCUAACGUUGAGUCGCGUAGCGCGCGUGUACUUGGAAGAUUGUGCGCGAAAUUCUACCUCAGAGAGCAGGAGAUUGUCCCCGGAAAUCGAUCCGCGACGGCGGAAAGAUAAGAUCCUUAGUCAAAAGUCUUCGCGAUGAAGGAAGUAAGUGCAAUAUAAAUCGAUUCAGGCGUUGAAGUGAUGACGCGUCUAAAAAUUAGUGAAAUCGUAGUAAUAUUGUGUGAUAUCAUUUUGUAUCGCGGAUGUGUGCAAGAGUUCAUGAAGAACCGGAAGGAGCGAGCGGGAAUAGUCGCGUUGUGCAGUCUCUCUUUUUCUCUUGGCUCUACGAUACUCGAACAAUUGUUGAAUUUUUCAAACGAUCGACCAUGAUACCAUUUUAAUACUUGAUCGAACAUCCGGCAGCCUUCGAUGCCGUUGAUUUAAUUGCGCUUCAAAGUAACCGAGAAUUCGAGAGCUUUCUCGGAAAAGACCUCUAGUUCAACCGCUCGCUUCCCUCCGUUGUUUACCGAACAAGAUUGGACGAGCAGAAACGUCGGCGUUUGGUGCGCGAACAACGUUGUGGACACUUUCCUUUCUUGGAGAGAAAGAUGCUUCCAGUGUAUACAAUGGGAAACGAGCGACGACGAGCGAGCGAAGCGGAGGAACGGCGUAUUUAAGGCAUUUAAAUAUGGCCGCUUCCUCCCAUCGAUUUGUACGAACACACACACAUACAUUCUCUCUCGUAUAGAUGUUAUAUUUAUACUAUAUACGUAUACGUAUACAUGCGAGUAUCGGCGUCGCCACUGAAACUCCCGAAAGAAACUUCGCAGGUCCUUCGAAGGAACAGAAGCUUCUCCACGGCAAUUUCAGGACGAUCGUAGAGGAAGAGCGCCAACAUUCGCGGCGUGCGUUCAGCGCUAAAUACGAUCGUGCACCGAUCUGCGCCUCGCAUUCAUUAAUAUUUUUCUUUCAAUACGUUCAGACUGGCCUGAUGACAUUCGUGCUCAUCGUGACAUGUUCGAACAGCUUCACUAUAUUUAGCGCUGAACACGUCGUUGAAUCGCGGCGCAGACACGAAUCGACGACACGAGUGUUCUAGAAUAUAUCGAAGGACCGAACUGACGUACUUCGUACUUAAUCGACUAAUUAUACAGCCUUCGAUUGUUGGCGCACGAUCAUGUAACGUCGUGUAAGUCGCGUAUACUUAGAUGUAAGACUCUUCCUACAAACAGGGUUAACGAAGGAAACUGUAAACUGCCUUUAACGUAUGUUUUGUAGAGAUUCGAGUGGUGCACGGUAACGUAUAAAGUCCCCUGGGGGGAGGGGAAUGGAGGCAAAUAGACGAAUUGAUCUAUUGUCAGUUGGCAAUUGCUCGUCGAUUGCGACGGAAUUCGUUUCUGCGAAAUUACAUCAAUUCCUGAGAUCGAGAGUUCAUUCUUGAAAAUUGUUGAAUUUCCUUCUAUAUCUCGCCAUCCUGCUAAUAGCGUUGCUGAAACAUCCGUUCGAAAUGUCACGAAAAGAAGAUGCAUCUCUGUACUUACCAUGUCGAAGUGAUUCUCCUUUUAUCCAUUAGCUCUCACAAACGACAUUCGAACAGAAUAGACAAUAAAGAGGAACAGGGACAUAGAAGAAUUUCAAAAUUACAAAAUUCAACUCAAGCUAUGAAGGAAUUUCUAAAUUCGUGAAACGAAUUCCCAUGAAUUAUUUCGAUUCGUCUAUUUCUUGCGGGGCUAUAUAGCGUGCGUGUUAUAAAUUAACUAACAAAUUCUGAAGUAUACAUAGACAUAUACAUAUAAAUAUAUAUAUAUAUAUAUUUCGACUUCGACAUUCUCGAAAUACUAAAUUUAGUGUCGUUGCGAUAAUUAAUGUCGUACGAAUUACGGACCAAUAGCGAUAUAGAAAGGUCGAAGAUUCUGUUAUGAUAACCCGUUACGUUUUUCUAUGUCCGAUGAAGUCUCCAAGUUACUCUACUGUAUGUUAGUACAUGGCGUUUAAUGUUACUGAAUGAAUAGAAUCAGACAUUUAUUUAUAUGUCGCUCGUCGGUGUACAUGAUAAUAAAAGUUUUAUACGUUUA